CAAUGGUUCGAUCGUAUGAACGCGGAAUUACAAUCGCUCAACCAUGAAGCAUCGCAGUACGCCUGGGAUUUGAGCAUACAGGAACCGGAGGAAUCCCGCGAGGGAUUGACGGUUGAUGGGUUAGUGCAAUUGGCCCAGCGAAAGGCCCGAUGGUUGGAGCAGAUUUGCGGUGAAGGUAGCCACUAUCGGCAGUAUGGAUGGCCGUACGACCGGGCCUACUACCUUCUGUGUCGUGGCAGCAGAAACACGCACCAAGAGUUGAGGGAAAUGGCACGAUUGUUCUCGUUCGUCCAGCGCAUUUACACGGAAACCGAAAUCUGUUUGCCAGCCCAUCAUAGCUGUUCCGCCAUGUUGCUAUGGAGCGAUACGUUCGUACGCUACCCGGAGCAUGACAUGGCUCGCUUGGAUCUAUCAUCCGUUGCACCACUCCCGGAGGAGUUACUUCGAAAGGAAACAUCCGAAAGAGAAAUGCGACCACGGGAGCUCGUCUGUUUCCAUGGUGAACCCGACCUAGACAGGAUUAUGUUGGGAGAGGGUAGCGUUGGCAGUCAAGUGUGUCACGGUGUCAUCUCCGAGGAGACCAUACUACGGUGGGCCUGGGAAUCCUGGCGUAUGGCCGUUGGACCACCGAUGCGUCAACCGUAUGGCCGGUUGAUUGAACUCAUGAACGCAGGCUGCCUGCGGGGAGCUAACCAGCGCGAUGUAGGCGAGUGUUGGCGUGAGGAGCUAGAGAUUCCGGACGUGCGCCAGCUGUUAGACCGAUUGUGGCAAGACGUGAAGCCGCUCUAUCAGAAGCUGCACGCCGUUGUGCGACACUUUGUGCGUCGUAGGCAUCCCGAAUCGGCAUCCCUCAUCGAUACCGAUGGAUUGAUUCCAGCGCAUCUGCUCGGUGGCAUGUGGAGUCACAGCUGGACCAGUUAUGCACACUCAAUCCUACCCCAUCCGGUGGAUAUAGAUCAACGGUUCCACCGUGCCAACUGGACCGCGAUUGAUCUCGUGCGUCGCGCCGAAGACCUGUACGCUUCGCUUGGGUUGGAGCGGAUGAGUGAAACCUUCUGGAACAGUAGUAUCAUCGGGAACGAAUCGGUCGUCAAGUGCCACGGAACGGCUGCUAACAUGUACGCCCCAUCGGAUUUCCGGAUGAUUGUGUGUCCUCCGAGGGACGGUGGUACACUGCAGGAUUACUACGUCACGGUGCACGAAAUGGGCCACAUCGUUUACUACAUGGAAGCCGCCAAGCAACCGACCAUCUUUCAAGACGGCACUAACGCCGCCUUCCAGGAAGCCUUCGGUGAUGCCAUGUUUCUUGCCGCGGUAACACCACAGCAUCUCGUGCGUCUUUCGCUGCUGGAUUCAAAGCAUAUGGCACCGGAGAACGACGAGUACGACGGCCUGGGCGGAAGGAGCGAUCACUCGACACUCAACUCUUUCGAUUACGCUUUUCUACUUCGCGUCGCACUAACCAAGGUGCCCACCAUACCUUUCGAGUAUUUGAUGGAUGUGUACCGUUGGGAUCUGUUCGAUGGUUCCGUUGAUUAUGGCCAGGACGCCAACAGCUACUUCUGGUAUUUGCUCGAGGGAGAGCAAGGCAUCCGGGCUCCGUCGGACGCCCUACGUGACACAUUGUUCGAUGCCGGUGCUGGUUUCCAUCUUUCGGACAAUACUCCCUUCGUGCGGUACUUCUUGGCCAGCUUUUUGAGCUACCAAAUCUACGAGGGACUGUGCAAGGGCUCCCUGUACGGUACGGUUAGGGCAAAUCCCAUCAACGAAAUCCCGAUGCCACUGCAUCGGUGCGAUCUGUAUGGUUCGAAGAAGGCCGGCAAGCUGCUAAGGAAAGCACUGGCUCCCGGUGCAUCGGUUCAUUGGACGACCGUACUGGAACAGCUGACCGGAGAGGUGGACAUUUCGGCAGCCAGUAUGCUCAAGUACUAUGCACCGUUGAUCGACUUUCUGGACCGGUUCAUCGACGAGCACCAGUUGGUGGUGGGCUGGACUGAUUGA